AUGGCUUCCAACCCCAUAGGAUCUGCCUUUCGCUCGUUCUGGCAUACCAUGACCAGCUACGAUCGCCACUCGAGCUAUGAUUCCCCCUAUCGCACAGGCGGCCACAUGCCGCUCAACAGGCAAUCAACACUCACUUCUGUCGCUACCGCCGCCGAAUCCCGCGCCGAUGUCUCAUCUCCCUACGGUGACGAAACUGGUCGCCUGUCCGCGAUUGAUACUUCAACGUCCUAUUUGGGUGCGGGAAUGCCUUCCCCAUCGCCUAUGAGCCCUGGAAAUGGUCCUUACUCACCGGGAAUGAGAUCGCUUAAUGCAAAGCGCGAGAACGGUGACGGCUUCGAAACCAUCAACAGUCCAGGGGAGAUUCCCAUGCAAUCCUUUGCCGAUGGUCCUCCUGCGCCUCCGAUCUCUCACUCCUGGAAGCGGAUAGACAACUGGGCCGAGGAGAACUACCCCGAACUCUGGGAUCAGCUCUGUGAGGGCUGCACAAACAAUGAUUUGAACGAGUUAGAACACCAGCUAGACUGUUCAUUGCCUCAGGACAUUAGAGAUUCAUUGAUGGUACACGACGGCCAAGAGCGUGGCGGCAGACCUACUGGUAUCAUAUUCAGCUCCAUGCUUCUGGAUUGCGAGGAGAUUGUCCAGGAGAGGGAUCAGUGGAUGAAGGUCAACCAGGAAUUCUUGCUGAGCACCAACAUUGUCAAGCCCGCCGUUCCUAGCAAGGCAUUCGGCGGCAGCGCGCAAGCAUCAUCUUCCAAAUCAACCCAAAGCUCUCCUGCUGGUAGUCAAAGCUCAACCUGGAGGGAUGAUUUGUUGUCGAAGCAAGAUUCAGUUCCCCAAGGCGCGAUUCAACGUGUGUACGCCCAUCCUGCUUGGAUUCCCCUGGUCAGAGACUGGGGUGGCAACAACCUUGCAGUCGAUCUGGCUCCCGGACCGACUGGUACAUGGGGCCAAAUCAUUCUCUUUGGUCGCGACUACGACAUCAAAUACGUGGUCGCUCGAUCCUGGGCCCAUUUUAUGGCUGUUGUUGCGGACGACCUGAACAGCGGUAGAUGGUACAUUGACGAGGAUUCAAACGAACUGAAGUUGCGCGAGUUUAACACCAACCGCGUUGAGCCGGCUUACUUUGAUAUUCUGCGAUGGAGAAUGGAUCAGAAGCAUGGCCGUGGAGCCAAGAAGGCUGCCAAGCGCAGAUCGAUGGGACCCAGAGGAGCGGCUUCUCCCUCGGCCUCUCCUUACGCAAGCCCGGUCGACGCCAACGGCAACGGAGAGGUCCGCGGCAGAACUCUGCAGAGACUCAGCAGUCCCUCUCCCCUCACCAGCCCGAUCCGGCCAGGAUAUAGCAAGUCGAGCCCUCUGGCUAGGGUGACGGAGGAGACUACCACAAGCGCGUUGGUUGCGCCUCAGCUGGCCGAGAUCGACGAAGACCCGGCCAAGCUCGUUGAAGUCGAUACUCCGCGCCAGAGCUCUGAUGCAAAGUCUCCACCAGCAAACAAGCUUCCCAAUGGCGACAGUACGACCGGCAAGGGCAAGGCCAGCGCCAAGGCCGAAGUCGCAUCGAUUGAUAGCGAUGAUACCGACAUUGACGAAGGCAUGAAGACGAUUGAGAUCUAA